UUUUGGUAGGGUUCCUUAUGGGUUUCUUAAUGUUAUAUCUAUUUUUAAGCCUGUUUCUUUGUCCAGAUGCAAAACCAUGGGGAUUCCCUAUGGGCCCUGGUGCGCUUCCUUCGAUCCCAGGCCACCCCGGCGGCGCGGCGGAAGACGCAGGGCCCGCUGAUGCCGCCGCUGCCGCCCUCGGCGCUGAAGCCCGACUGCCCGGUGUCGGCGCCCGAGGCGGUUGGUGGUUGGCCAGAAGCCGAGCCCCCAACGACCGCAGCAGCAGAGGCACCGGCAGCGGCCCCAGCAGCGACCGCGGCGGAGGCGCCGACGCCCGCAGCGGCGCCGGCGGACGUGCCAGAGAUGCCGCCGUUGUCGACCUCGGCACCGCGGGUGGACCCCCGGAAGCAGUCUGCACAGCUGGCAGCGCCGCCGACCAUGCAGCCCAUCAUGCAGCCCGCGGCGCAGCCCGCGGCGCAGCCGACCAUCCAGUCGCCGGCAGCGGCACAGCCAAGCUUGCCCCUACCAGGGCGGCAAGAGGUUAGUCGGAAGACGGCGACCCAGCUGCGCUCCGAGCUGAACCGACUGCGCGAGGCGAUGGAGCGGCAAAACUCCACCGAGAGCUCGGGCAAGUCCAGUGACAUGAACGCGCUGAAGGAGGAGCUCAUGAAGUUGCAAAAGCAGCUCGAGGAGUCGGAGCAGGAAAACCAGGAGCUUCGUGCCAAGCAAUCCACGCCCGCCGACGCCGGCCCCCCCCGGCGCCGGGGACGGAAGAGCAUGCGGAACCGAACCAUGGACCUCACGCAGCACCGCAAGGAGGGCUGGCAGGACGUCGAGGGCGAGUCAGCUGAGGAGAGUGACAUGAGCGACGUGAGUGAGGACUUGGACGCGCUCUUGGGCUUGGCACGGUCCCCGUGACCGAAGAAGACCGC